GGAGAGAAGCGACAAGGUAGGCUGUCACUCUGCAAAAGCUGCUGGCCCUCCCGCCUGCUCCCUAGCUCAGAGCAGGCUUCCCUCUGAAAAGCAGCCAUGCCUUUUCAGAGAGACUGAUCUAAAGGCUGUCUCUGGAGACAGCAAGCCUUCGGUAUGCUAAAUUACUUUCAUUACGCAUUUUCGAAUGCUUAUCGACUCCACAGUAGGAAGCGCGAGAGACUGCAGCCUUGAAGCAGCACCACACAUUCUGUUCUAUCCGUUAGCAGGACUGCCCAGACAAUGGCACAGAACAGACACGUUCUCAUUAAGGUCAUCGUGAAGAGAUUUGUAUGACCCUCUUCCCUGAGCCCUCUACUGACAAAUGAACAAAAUGAAACAAUCAAAACUGGAAAUGCUUCAGCUACAUCAGGAAUCGGUCAAAUCGUUAGCAGAGGGCCCACAACUAAUUCAGUAUAUAAAAUUCAUGAUAUGAAGAACACAACUGCCUAAGAAGCUCCCUAGCUGUCUGAACCACCAACUGCUAGAUAGCAUUGUAACGCAUGACUGUAAGAAACUAAGGAGUUAAAGCCUCAAAUUAGCUCUGCUGGCACACAACAAGCUGAAAGCAUCCCGAGAAGAUGCUAUACAGAAUAACCACGAAAAGAAAAAAUACAACUGUAAAAACCUGAAGACCAACAGACCAGUGUUUCUAAAGGAAGAUCUAACACUUUAACAGAGCAGAAUGAUGGACACUAUUGAUUCUGCAAGAAGCAGUCAAGCAAAAACUUCACAAGGGAAAAUGGCAUGAUAUACCAGCAAGCAAAACGAAGCUUUAGCAAAUGUCUUCUGUACUAUCCAGAUAUUCAUAUCAAUUGAUAUGACUAAUAGAGUUUUCCAUCUGAGCUUUAUGACCAAUUAUGUAUCCUCUUCUAAUGAGAACAAACCAAAUUAAAUAGCAGAUGGUUUUUAUCAAAAGAGCAUGUACUGGAUUUAUAAUAUAAAGCAAAUUAUGUGAUCAAGAGAUCAAGAAAUCAUUUCAAGAUAAUGAGAACUGCUGCAGAAACAGACUGCAAACAAAUGGGUACCUAAAUGCACUUCUGAAGGUAGAGACCGUCUCUGUUUUCACAUACUCUGGGAAACAAAGAGAUACAAUCUUAUAUUCCUUCGGAAAAGAAGUGCAAUUUCUAUCAUUUGACGAAAUUUCAUUUGUCCAUGACUUUCUGAGGGGGAAAGAAAACACAAAAAUUGUGUGCUAUUCUUCGGAAAUCUAUCAGCCAACUAAAUCUCACAAUCUGUACAGCUUAAGUACUCGAACAGCAAAGAAUGAAUUCCUACAAGGCAAGAAAUAAAACACAACCAUUUCAGUGUUGCCAGGAAAACAAUUCAUGUCAAGACUGUCAAUGGCAUCAUGCAUCAGUUGGUGGAGAGCUGCCAUGGUGAGCCAAAAGGCCCAUAGGCCUCAGCAAACAGGGGAAAUACCAACUGCUCCAAAAGAAUGUGUUUUUCUCCUGCUCUGGAAAUCAACAUGCAGUCUGAAUCAAACAUUACAGUACGAGAUGACAUUGAUGACAUCGACACCAAUAUGUACCAAGCACUAUCAUAUCCAUUAAGCUUUCAAGUAUCUCUCACUGGAUUUCUCAUGUUAGAAAUUGUGCUGGGACUUGGCAGCAACCUUACUGUAUUGGUACUUUACUGCAUGAAAUCCAACUUAAUCAACUCUGUCAGUAACAUUAUUACAAUGAACCUCCACGUACUUGAUGUAUUAAUUUGUGUGGGAUGUAUCCCUCUAACUAUAGUGAUUCUUCUGCUCUCACUGGAGAGUAACACCGCUCUCAUCUGCUGUUUCCAUGAAGCUUGUGUUUCCUUUGCAAGUGUUUCCACAGCAAUCAACGUUUUUGCUAUUACUCUGGACAGAUAUGACAUCUCUGUAAAACCUGCAAACAGAAUUCUGACAAUGGGUAGAGCUGUAAUGCUAAUGACAUCCAUUUGGAUUUUUUCUUUCUUCUCCUUCCUGAUUCCCUUCAUUGAAGUAAAUUUUUUCAGUCUUCAAAGUGGAAAUACAUGGGAAAAUAAGACACUGCUGUGUGUUAGUACAAGUGAGUACUACACUGAGCUGGGGGUGUAUUACCACCUCCUAGUUCAAAUCCCCAUCUUCUUCUUCACGGUUAUAGUGAUGUUGAUCACAUACACCAAGAUACUUCAGGCUCUUAACAUCCGGAUAGGUACCAGAUUCUCAACGGGGCAGAAGAAAAAAGCUAGGAAGAAAAAGACGAUCUCUCUAACCACACAUGAGGCAACAGACAUGCCACAGAGCAGUGGUGGGAGAAAUGUAGUCUUCGGUGUGCGAACUUCGGUGUCGGUAAUAAUUGCCCUCCGGCGCGCUGUGAAACGUCACCGGGAACGGCGAGAAAGGCAGAAGAGAGUCUUCAGGAUGUCCUUAUUGAUUAUUUCUACAUUUCUUCUCUGUUGGACACCAAUUUCUGUUCUAAACACCACCAUUUUAUGUUUGGGCCCAAGUGACCUUUUAGUAAAAUUAAGAUUGUGCUUUCUAGUCAUGGCUUAUGGAACAACUAUAUUCCACCCUCUCCUGUAUGCAUUCACCAGACAAAAGUUUCAAAAGGUCUUAAAAAGCAAAAUGAAAAAACGUGUUGUUUCCAUAGUUGAAGCUGACCCCAUGCCUAAUAAUGCUGUAAUACACAACUCAUGGAUAGAUCCUAAAAGAAACAAAAAAGUACCCUAUGAAGACAGUGAAGUAAGAGAGAAAUGUUUAGUACCUCAGGUUGUCACAGACUAGGGAGAAGUCUAAGUUUCACCAAAUUUACUUUCAGAAGAGUUUUAAAUUUAAAUUGUAGAAACUGAUUACUGCCAAAUGUAAGAGAGAAACAUUCUCAGUAUUGGUUAUGUUGUAGAUUUUCAAUGUGAAUGUCAAUUAGAUUAGGUCAUAUAUACUCAAUUUCUACAUUAUUUAAUGUAUUUGUUGCAUGGCAGUUUGUUAAAAGUAAUACCAUUGUAUAAUUUGUCAAUAUUAUGUCCAUCAGAAUAUACUCAUGUAAGUCAUAUUUUCUAAAGAAUAAAUACAUAGCCUUAAAACAGUGUAUAACUUUAAAAUGUAACUGACACGGGUAUCUACAUUUUUUAAAAACAAUGUAUGAAGCCUAUUAUUUCUAAGCCAUGAACUAGAUAUAUUUAUAUGAGAAGUUGCAUAAAUAUUUAACACAAAAAAAUUGUAGUCUCAAAACAAAACAAGGUUUUCUGUACCACUAUGCUAUAUUUCUGGUAUGAUGAACUUGUUAUAAUAUUUUAACAACAGAAUAAUGAAAUAUAUAUAUAAACCUUAUUCUUUCUUAUACAUAACCCUUAUGUGGGAAAACAUAGGCUGUAUCAGUAUUUUAAAACCAUGAAUCAGUGAAAAAAUAAACCUUGUAUAUGCACACAAGAUUAGGGAAACCUUUAAAAUUCAAGCUUAUUAUAUAAAAAAGAGUAAUAUGCCUGUAAUACAAAUGACUCACAACAAAGGGAGGGAAGACGCUGUGUGAACACCAGCCUCGUCCCUCUCCCUCAUUUGCCUGAUUGUCUAGGUUAAAAGAAAGCGCUGGUUUUUAAAAACUGCAAUAAAUUGAUUUCAAUUUUUAGUUUAAUAACAACUCUACCAUUUUGUAUAAGAGAAGUUAACCACAUAAAUAGGAAGGCUGAGCGGAGGGAAGAGGAGAAGCCUAACAAAGGCAGCUGUUUCUAAUUUUAGAUUCACAGCAGCGUGUGUGCAGUAGAAUGUAUACAGGGAUCCUCCCAGCGUCAACAGCAGCUCGGUCUCCACUCUCCAGGUGAUAAACCAACAACAAACUGUCGCAUCUCCAUUCCACCACCUUGUACCUGGAGCAGUUUCCUCUCAAACCCUCAACUCACAUUAGAAAACGAUUACUACUUAUAAUUAUAGAUUGUAAGGAUGAUGAAUACUUUCAUAGCAAAAAGAAUUUCUCACUCGUUAUAAUUUGGCAAUGUGUAGUAAAAACAAAAACUUAACAACAACUUAUUUAAAAUAGGUUAGUACCUGUUAUAUAUAAUACAACUGGUUAGCUUAACAGAAAUUAUUCUAUAGUUUAAAUACUAUAUAUUCAUUAAAUUAAGUAACAUCAUCUUUAAAUUUAAAAACUCAUGUUAAACAACUCAAUAGCUAUUACUUUUAUACAAAUUAAUGAGAUUCAUUCAAUCAACUUUACUGACAAACCUAAUCCCUAGGGAAAUGAGGGUGAUACAGAAGCUUGAAGUCACUAAGGUUUCUAGCAAAUUAAAUUGAUUUAUUUCUGAUAAUAAUGCUAGCACGUCAAAACUUGGCAAAGGCCCACUUUCCUCCUGUUUUAUGAAUUAAAUAAGUGCUACAGUUUGACAAAAAUGUGGCAUAAUAAAGUAAAAUUAAUUUUUGAGACUCUAAAAUUAAGACUUCAUGGGAUUAAGAAAUUUUCACUCAUUAUUUGGCCUACAAUACCUCCUAACUCUUUAACUAAAACUUUUAAUGCAUUUUGUACUUCUAGGCAUAAACACCUAGAUUUGUAAUCUUAAUUUUAAAAGCUAGACUACUUUUAGAGUUCAUGUUAGAAAAUACCUCCACUAUGUUUUCAGUACUUUUAAUCAUGAGGUUUAAUAAUCAUUCUAAAGAAUUUAGUAUAAAAGUAAGUUUCUGCCAUGUUGGCCUAAUAGUUUUCAUGCAUUCUGGUCUUCUAUUCUAAGAAAAAAAAAUAGCAAACAUUAUGACUUUGCCCUGUAAGCUGCUAUUUGUGCAUUGGACAUCAGAGUAAACAAUUAAGCAUUU